CAACAUAUAAAUAGAUAAGUAGGUUCAUACAUUACUCAAUGAUAGUGUUACAAGUUAAGUUACGUUACGAAUCAGAGUGCCAAAUAGCUUUUUCAGCCGUAUAAAAGCACACCAAGUUAAUUAAGGUCGUUUUUGUCCUUGGCCUCUAAUAAAAGGUCUAUAAAUCUUGCGAGUUCCGGGUCCGGAUUAAAGAGAAAGAUACCAUAGAACCGUAGAGCGUUUAUAGCUGUUUUUCACAAAAUUAACUAAGAUUUUGUCACGCAUUUUAUGCAAGCGCAAGACGAAACAAUGAUAUAAAAUAAACAAGAUAUUCAACUUGUGCGUGAUACUGAUAGUGAUAAUAGUAAAAAGCCAUAAAAUAAUAAGUGUGAUAAUUCCCUAAUUAAAAAACAAAUAAAUAUAUCAUUGUAAACUAAACAAUUUAAUCAAUUCAAAGCAUGAUUCUCAACACGACCUUUAAAAAUAAAUAGUUCAAAACAACCCUUUAAGCAUAUUAGGUUGGCUGAAAAAGGAAUAAUCGCACAAUAUAACAAAUCCCAAAAGUUACCCAACUCAAAAUAAAUUCACACCACAAAAGCGACGUCAUAUGAACAAAAUUAACAGAUAGUAUUGCAACUGUACCUAGAUGUAUAGGGUUCAUUUCGUCUCGCCGGGGUGCAGCGCGCCUGCGAAACGUUCCGUCGACUCAGUGGGCCCAAUUUGCUCAGUUGGACGUUUGACGCAACCCGGGCCACUAGUCGGUCAAAAAAAGAUGUUUCCCGCCUUCGCACUCGGUGAUGUUUUGGCGCGUAAUUCAAAGUGAAUUCUAAAUUUAAAAGUGUUUGUGUUUUGUUUGUGGUGUGUGCUGUGACAUUGAGUUAAAAAGUUAACUUUCUUUUUUCUUUGGAUUAAAAAGGCCUCAAAAUGUACGGGUUGCUACUAGAAAACAUGGCGGAGUACAUCCGGCAAACGUACGGCGAGGAGCGCUGGGAGGACAUUCGGAGGCAAGCCGGAGUCGAGCAACCCUCGUUCUCAGUCCACCAGGUCUACCCUGAGAACCUCAUUACCAGGCUUGCCAAGAAGGCUCAGGAAGUAUUAGGCAUCACAGAGCGAGAAUUCAUGGAUCAAAUGGGCGUCUACUUCGUCGGCUUCGUAUCCCAAUAUGGCUACGACCGGGUCCUGUCAGUGCUAGGCCGUCACAUGAGGGACUUCCUGAACGGCCUAGAUAACCUACACGAAUACUUAAAGUUUAGCUAUCCUAGGAUGCGAGCGCCUAGCUUUAUAUGCGAGAAUGAGACGCGCCAGGGACUGACGCUGCAUUAUAGGUCGAAGAGGAGAGGGUUCGUCUAUUACGCUAUGGGACAGAUCAGAGAGGUAGCCCGUCACUUCUACCACAAGGAGAUGCGAAUAGAGUUGCUAAGGGAAGAACUCCUGUUUGACACAGUUCACGUGACCUUCCAGCUGACAUUUGACAAUCGAGCGUUCACCCUGGCGUCUCUGGCCAUGACACGGGAGGAAAAACAUCUGCCCAUCAGCGCCUCUGUGCUGUUCGAGAUAUUCCCGUUUUGCAUCGUUUUUGGAUCCGACAUGGUGGUCCGCAGCAUCGGUAACUCCCUGAUGGUGAUCCUGCCCGACCUAGUGGGCAAGAAGAUCACCAACUGGUUCGAUCUAGUCCGGCCGCUCAUUGCAUUUAAGUUUCAGACUAUCCUUAAUCGGACGAACAACAUCUUCGAGCUGGUGACCGUGGAAGCAGUCAUCCACGAGAAGGCCACAGACAAAAGGAGCGAGAUCUUGAAGCUGUCGGAUGAGUCUGAUGGGACCACAGAGAAGAAUUUGAGGCUUAAAGGUCAAAUGAUCUACAUGGACAACUGGAGGAUGAUGAUGUACCUGGGAACCCCUGUGAUGCCGGACCUCUCCGCGCUGGUGUCCACAGGCUUGUACAUCAACGACUUGUCCAUGCAUGACUUCAGCAGAGACCUGAUGUUAGCCGGCACGCAGCAAUCUGUGGAGCUCAAACUAGCCCUGGACCAGGAGCAGCAGAAGAGCAAGAAACUAGAAGAAUCCAUGAGAAAACUGGACGAGGAGAUGAAAAGGACUGACGAGCUCUUGUACCAGAUGAUACCUAAGCAAGUUGCCGAUCGACUAAGGAAGGGAGAGAACCCUAUUGAUACGUGUGAGAUGUUCAACAGCGUAUCCAUCCUCUUCUCCGACGUGGUGACUUUCACGGAGAUCUGUUCCCGCAUCACCCCCAUGGAAGUGGUAUCCAUGCUCAACGCCAUGUACUCCAUAUUCGACACACUUACUGAACGGAACCGGGUAUAUAAGGUGGAAACUAUAGGAGAUGCUUAUAUGGUUGUAUCUGGGGCUCCUGAAAAAGAAGACAACCAUGCCGAGAAAGUCUGCGAUAUGGCACUUGACAUGGUGGAAGCCAUCACUGACCUUAAGGAUCCUAGCACAGGCUCUCAUCUUUCAAUCAGAGUGGGCGUCCACUCCGGCGCAGUGGUUGCCGGCAUCGUAGGUCUCAAGAUGCCUCGCUACUGCCUCUUCGGAGACUCCGUCAACACUGCUUCGCGUAUGGAGUCCACCUCGGAAGCCAUGAGGAUCCAUAUAUCGCAGACAACGCAAGAGCUACUCUCACCAUCUUAUAUGGUGCAGGAGAGGGGAGAAAUACAGGUUAAAGGAAAAGGCUCAAUGAAGACCUACUGGCUCGAAGGCAGAGAGUCCAGACCGUCCCUAACCAAGGUGAUAUCGCCCCAACUGCAACCAGGCAUGGAGCCAGAAUGGGAGCGAGCGGCUGAUGUCAGAGACUCCAUCGCCGAGUAUUCCGCGCAGCAGUUUUUGAAUAAAGAGAACAAUGCUUUGCAGGCGGCCAAUACCGCGCAGAAUUCUGGACCGAGUUCGUUGGCAAGUCUAACAGGGAACCAGCUAGCUCAGCCUUCAACCCCAACUGUCCGGAGCCAGGGGCACGCCACACCAACAGUUACGUCACCAGUGGAAGAACGACGGAUGUACUCGCCUGUCACGUUCCAAGAUGUCGCACGACGGAGCAUAGCCAACUCGCCGAACCGGACCGAGAAGCCCAGAGAUUCGAGGUCAAAUUCGACGAGUCUGGGCGGCAACUGGGCUGAUGCAGAGUCACUCGCCACAGAUCCUACGCGGACCAUCGACAGCCUCAAUUCUACUUGUUACAGUGCGACGUCCCCUUGCAGAAACGGUACCGCGCCCCCCUCCAAAGAAAGGGAGGACAGCUUCGGAGAUGCAGCUUGCGUGGCUCGAAUGUCCGCAGUACACUCGGCGCCGCCCGCGUGCAUCGUCACAGAUUCGUCACAUCAACACAGCGCAGAGGAAAUAGAAACCGACACAGAAUACCAAGACGCACACGAGCUCAGCAAUACCCACAUCUGCACCGUCUCUGAAGGCAUAGCGGAAAACCCCAAAUCUGGCAAAGUAGGACGCUUUAAAGCACGGAUAGCCCCCCACAAAACCUGCGUCACCAAACCCCACAAGGAAUCCCUAAAGGAUAAAAACCCCCCGGUCCACGGGCACCAUCACACGAAGAACGUUAAUCACCACCAGUGUUGUGGCGCUUUCGGAAACCCACACGUGAGACAUAAAAAUAAUUCUAGCUGUCAACUUAUUUAGGCUUUCAGUUGAACACGGGUAGUUACACUUUAAAUAGGCCUAUUAUGUCGUUAAAAACUUAGUGAGACUCAAUUUGACUUAUUUGAUGACAGCAGAUAUCGAACAAUUUGGUGAAGUCUAUACACUACACCGCCGCCAUCUAUACACCGCCAGAGAAAUGUCAACGCUGUUUCGUGAUAAGAAAGUCAUGUCACAAAUAUGAUGUGCUGUUAUUACAUUAUCGAAUUGAGUCCAUCGGUUAAGGAUAAUAGAAAUAUUGAUGUUGUUGAUUGGUCACAUUAAGCAAAAAUUAGGUCAUAAGUAUUAUCAUAAUUGAUUUAGUAUUAUAAUUCAGUCAACCAGAAUCUGAUCAGAAAAAGAAUCAGAAGAGUUCAGGACCAGAACCGACAGAAGAAAUAUGUAAUAUCUUUCUUUUUGUCAAAAAUGCAAGUCAGUCGGGCAUUUUUUUCUUGCAAAUUACAUGUGAGCUUCCUGGAUUCAUGUUAUAGAUUCUGACAUUCCAUGAAUAUUCAAGUCUAAGUGAGUAAUUUAUGCGGUUACUAGUGUAAGCAUCUACUUAUUGGAAUCAGAAUAUAGUGAACGCAAGAGAUAUUUUAGUUUAUUUUCAUACUGAUAGAAUACUAGGUGUGCUAUCACAAUUAUUUAGUCCGGGAAAGUAUUAUUUUAUUUGUUGACAUUGGAAUCGAUAAAAAAUACUCAUACAUUUAUAUACAUUAUUUUCGUGACAUGGAUAUGGCCAUAGUUUUUAUGACAUAUUUUUAUUGUUACCCAGUCGUAAAAACAUUUCAGUGAUAUGUCAUACGUAAGAAAUUAAAAUUAGAACAUUACAGAACGCACUCUAUAAAUAACUCAUUAGAAACAAAUUUAGUAUUUUUGAAGAAAAUGUACUUUUUAUGCAAAUAUUAUAGGUUGCUGUUGCUUCAUCUAAAAGGCUAUUAUUUUUCAUGAAGUGCAAUAAAUUUAUACA